GCCGAUUUCUGUCGCCGCCAUGACAGAGCUGGACAAGGCCAAGAUAGCCCUGCGAAAACUCAUGGCGAUGUCCAAGACGGCCAAUGGUAAUGCUACUUCGGAAGGCUCAAAGGAGCAGGCGAGCCAAGCCCUGCGGCAGCUCUUCCGACGCAACGGCGCGGCCAAAGACGACGCAGGUGAGGCUGGCGAAAUUGAUGUGAAGUUAGCCACGCUGUUGGAUCGUGUCCUCAAACCUACAGGUGCUUCAUCCAGCUCAAGUUCCAAAGGGCCCAUGCCGGUCACAAAACCGGCCAUGGAGACUCCAGAGGAGCUGGCUGAAAAGAUGGGCCCCGAGCCCUAUAGGAAGCCCCUGCCAGACAUGCCCAAGCGACGUCUGGUUCUGCCAGAAGAGGGUGGCCUUUCCGCCCCAAUGAAAGUUAAAGUAAAAGAAGCCCG